CCAAAGUCAACCUAAAUUGAAACCUUACCCGACCAAAUUUAUGUGAUUUGGGUCGGGUCUCAACUCUCACCUGUACAAAACCGACAUCCUUGCAGAAAAAAAAAAUUUAUUUAAAAUAAAAAAAGAGAAACCCCGCCAUUCAAAUGACAGGGAAGCAAAACUGAGAGAGAGAUGUAUGAUGAGAGAGCAAGUAUGGAGAUGGAGCUCAUUAGAAAGAAAAUGCUUAGACCUUCUCCAACAAACGAAAACAACACCCUCGCUUCUCCAAAUACACGCCUUCAUGCUCCGAAACUCCCUCGAAACAAAUGUCAAUCUCCUCACCAAAUUCAUCACAACCUGCGGUUCCAUCGCCCUUUUCGCCUAUCAUCAAAACCCACUAGCUCUGAUUCGACAUGGUCGCCACGUCUUCAAUCACAGACCCAAUAAAGAUGACACAUUUAUCUGUAACUCUAUGAUCAGAGCCCACAUGGAUAUGCGCCAAUUGGCUGAAUCUUUCACUCUCUAUAGAAAUCUUAGGAAGGACACGGGUUUCAAGCCCGAUGGCUACACAUUCACAGCUUUGGCAAAGUCGUGUGGUUUAGAUGUGGCCAUCUGGGAAGGGCAAGAACUUCAUUGUCAUGUUAUUAAAGUUGGGUUGUGCUUAGAUUUGUAUGUGUCGACUUCAUUGGUUGAUAUGUAUGCAAAGUUUGGGAGGAUGAGUUGUGCAAGUAAGUUGUUCGAUGAAAUGACGGAGACAAGUCGAGUAUCGUGGACAGCUCUCAUUUGUGGGUAUGCAAGGUUAGGAGAUAUGGGUAAUGCAAGGAGGCUUUUUGAUCAAAUGCCUGAGAAGGACUUGGCAGCAUUUAAUGCUAUGAUUGAUGGUUAUGUCAAAUUGGGAGAUAUGGGCUUGGCUCGAAGUUUAUUUGAUGAGAUGACGGAUAGGAAUGUGGUAUCUUGGACCAGUAUGAUGUAUGGUUACUGCCAUCAUGGUGAUGUACAAUCUGCUAGAUCACUCUUUGAUGCCAUGGCUGAGAAGAAUCUAAUUUCUUGGAAUGUGAUGAUUGGGGGUUACAGUCAAAACAAACAGCCCCAUGAAGCCUUGAAAUUAUUUCAUGAACUGCAGUCAAAUACGUCUCUUGAACUGGAUGGCGUGACUGUUGUUAGCAUUCUUCCAGCUAUUGCAGAUUUGGGCGCCUUGGAUUUUGGUCGUUGGGUUCACAAGUUUGUACGAAGGAAGAAGCUUGAUAGGGUAAUUAACAUCUGCACUGCGCUUGUUGAUAUGUACGCAAAAUGUGGUGAAACUACAGAGGCCAAAAGACUUUUUGUUGAGAUGCCUGAAAAGGAAACAGCUUCUUGGAAUGCCUUGAUAAAUGGGUUCGCAGUAAACGGCCAUGGCAAGGAGGCACUGGAGGUAUUUUUAGAGAUGCAGUGCAAAAAGUUUAUGCCGAACAAUAUAACCUUUAUUGGUGUUUUGUCUGCUUGUAACCAUUGUGGUCUGGUAGAGGAAGGGAAAAGAUGGUUUAAAGGAAUGGAGGGCUUUGGGCUUAUCCCGCAAAUUGAGCAUUAUGGUUGUAUGGUUGAUCUUUUGGGAAGGGCAGGAUGCUUGGAGGAAGUCGAGAAAUUGAUUGAGAGCAUGCCUUAUGAUGCUAAUGGAAUAAUUUUGAGUUCUUUUCUUUUUGCAUGUGGCCAUUCUGAGGAUGUCACAAGGGCCAACAAAGUUUUAAAGAAGGCAGUCAAACUGGAGCCAUGGAAUGAUGGAAAUUAUGUCAUGCUCAGAAAUUUGUAUGCCAAGAAGAGAAGGUGGAGUGAUGCAGAGGAAAUUAAUAGGUUGAUGAGGAAGAAUCAAGCAAAUAAAGAGGUUGGUUGUAGUGUGAUAGAGGUUGAUGGUAUAAUCAAGGAGUUUGUGGCUGGUGACAGGGAGCAUGCGUAUUCCGAAGCUAUACAUUUAACCUUGCGGCAGACUUGGAAGCACAUGAUGGAUGAUUUUAUAGAAAAGGGGUGAAUUGCUUGAGUAUAAAGAAAAAAAUAUGCAUAACCUCUACCAACCCCUCCCCUUUCAUCAGUCGUAGUUUAUGCUGAGUAUACAGGGUAACCUGAAAAAUAUGUAAGGGCCCUUUUGAGGAACUUUUCAAAUGGCAGCCGGUCAUGGGGUUUAUUGAGAAAGGCAUUUGGAACUUGGAAGCUUGAGAUUGCAACCAAUUAUUUGGCAGAGAAAAGUUUUGAACAGUCCAAAUACCAAUUUUCUUUGAACUUGUGACUGAGAACAUUCCUUUCUUACUGUACUCUCGCUACAGUGUAGAUCUAAUGGUGUAUACGGAGAGGUUAAUUAUUUAUCAAUUUAUACGGAAAAACGUUGGAAUAUAUAAGGGGAAGUAGAGACUCUUCCCAUUAAUCAGUUUCCGAAAGAGGUGUGGUUUACCAGAACAAAGAUACUGCUUCUAUAUUCGUAAGCUCGUUGGCCAAACCACCUUGCUUAAGCAAGGAAGAAGAAAUAUAGGGCAACAACAGCUGCAAGAUACCUUUACAAAAUGAGAACACAACUGCAGACGCCUGCCCUAAGCCAAUAGUUGGUCCCAAGCUAAGAAGCAGAUACCUUGCUUGGACAGACUAAACAGGACAUAAACUAUAUCCUCAAACCUCUCUCUCUCUCUCUCUCUCUCUCUCUCUCUCUCUCUCUCAAGAUUGGGAAUGGCUAUGAGUUCCAUGGGAUUGGGAGGAGGUUGGUUCAUUUUCUUUUCCAUUUUAUGUAGUUUGCAGUUGGAGUUUUAGUUUUAUGUUUGUCCUCUCAUUAUCUCUCAAACUUUGC